AUGGGCAAUUGCUUUGCAUUGCACAAACUCAUCAAGAGAUCACAGUCUCGUUCUCAAUCGACUACAACUAGGCAUGAAAAUGUUUCGAGGAUCAUGAAGGCUACUGGCAAAAUUUUAGAUGACACAAGGCCUGUAAUCAUCAAGGGUUGUGGAAAUAAUGGUGAUCAUUUUUUUCCCGCAUGUAGCUUGGGCUGGCCUAUUAGGGUUGCUAGUGAUCAUGAUUCUCCUACUUCAGUAAGCAUGGAUAACACAAGUGGCACCAAGAGGAUUGAAAUGAUUCUAACAAAGCAACAGCUUCAAGAAUUGGUAUUCAAGAAGAUAUCAGUAGAAGAGAUAUGCUUAAUGGCCAUUCAGAAUGUUUCUUGGUGUGAACGACUCAACUCUUUAUCAAGGUGGCAGCCAGGGCUUCAAACCAUUCCUGAAGAAAGUGAGUAG